ACUUGCCUCUAAAACUAUAUGUCUAUUGAUGACUUACAAAGAUAUAAAAUAAAGUAUGUUUACAAAAUGUUAGCUUAAAUAUCUGUUAGCCAAAGUAAUACUUUUACACUCAUUUAAAAAUAUUUAAAAACUGGUCAAAUAUAUACACAAAGGACAUAAUCAACCUGCCCUUUCAAAAUUAUAAGAGAGUGAUCCUUGAAUUCCUGCAUACCAAAAUAAUCCAAGUAAGUGUUGGACUAUGGGGCAUAAGAGGCUACUUCUCUUAUCUCUGGAUUUUAGCAAAACAUGUGACUGCUCAGACACAAUAUUAAUAAGCCUUAACUUCCUAACUGGAUUUUUACAUCUACCAAUUUCAAACCAGAUGUAAUGUCUCUUCAUAGGGCAACUAAAGUGUUCCUUCAGUCUAAACUACUCAUUCAACCCAAUCAAACUCCCCUAACUAGUUGUUGGCAUUUAUCUAUGUGUUCAUCUUCAUAGAAUUCCCAUAUUUGGGUAGUAAUCUGGACAGGAAAAGUUAGUGAAUCACACAUUGGAGGAACAAAUGUUGAAUUAAAUAAUAACUUUCAGGUUAAAAUAACUAAUCAUUUAUUGAAUACUUACUAUAUGGCAGGCAUUGUGUUAAGUGGUUUAUUAUUAACCCUAUAUUAUGGAUACAGAAAGUAAAGCAAAGAGUAUCUAAGUAACUUUGUCCAGGGUCACAUGGUUAGUGAAUGGCAAGGUUAGGAUUCCAAUUCUUUAAAAUAGUUAUAUCUAAUCUUAUUCAACUGUUUUCAAUUUGGCAAACAUUUUAGUAAAUUUUUCGAGAAUUUCAUCAGAUGGAAUCCUUUAGAUGUAAGCUUAUCUAAUGACAUUGAUACAAAUUAUAGAUUUUCUGAAAGAACCUUGAGUAUCAUCUGGUCCAGGUAUUUGUUUUGCUUUGCUUUAAGAUGUGUUCCAUAGAUCUCUAGAAGUUUCAUAGAAAAUAUGGACAUGGGGCAUAAGGUUUAAGAGGCAUGAAAAAUAUUAAUGAGUAAGUUUAAAAAGCACUGCUCUUUAUCAAUGGUGUCUCAUUAUAGAUCAUGCAGUUUCUUUCUAAAGAUUAAAGGAGUUUGUGAUUUCCCCAGCUACCUCUGGCUGUGGCUUAAAAACCCUACCACAACUUCUUCCCCAUAUCACCAAUAGGAUACCUAAAAGAGAUUAAGCACUUUCCUGUCACAAUUAAGAAUUUAUAUCACACCGAAACAAAAGAAUUUAUAUCAUACCACCUAGGUGUUUUAAUGUAAUCAGUGAAAACAUUGCCUUUCAGCUCUGAAUGACUUGGGCAAGAUUUUUAACCAUGAACGAAGAACAAAGGAUUUUCUAACAUACCUUUUAUUUUCUCUAAAUGCAGACUUUAUCUUACUGGUUUGUUGCUCAUUAAAUAGGUUCUGUGUUCUCUACCCAACACUUUAAAAUAAAGAUUUUUACAUAAAGUUAUAGAACUUAACAUUUGGGCCAAAAUUCUGAAUGUGUCAAAGCCAUUUUAUCUCAUACCCUAAACCCUAACCCCUAGCCCCAAACCCAUAACCACUAACCCUAACCCUCUGGAGAGGUCUCUGAACUCGAAAAUACCAGGCACAUACACUAACCCUAAACUGUGGUCUGAGAAAGUGACUUAUUGAACACAUGCUAUGAAAAACUGAGAAACAGCCUAAUUAUCCUGGAGAACACCCCAAACAUUCAAGAAUUGGUAGUAUUACUGAAAAUGGGUGUGAAGGUAGAGAUAAAAACAGAAAAAUCAACUGAAUAUCUAAUUAAAGAGUAUUUAGAGUCGCAAAUACCUUGCUUGCCUCAACUAGGUAGAUGGUUGCCAUGUUUAUUCUCAUCCCAGAGAGCAUGGAGUUUAUUCUCAGGAGAAAUCUUUGAGCUGCAGCAUAUCAGGCACAUACCCUAAACCCUGACUGCUAAACCCUAAACCCUACCCCCAACUUUAACCCUAAACCUAACACUAACCCUGACCCAAUGCUAACCCUCACCAAAACCCUAAAGCUAACCCUAACCCUAACCCUUAACAGCACACCCUAGCCCUCUGAAGACGUCUCUGAACUGAAAAUACCAGUCACAUACCCUAACCUAACUUAAAACAAACCCUAAACCUAACUCUAACCCCAACCCUUAUACUUACCCCAGCAAAAGUCGGAUUUUGUCCUCUGGUGAUGUCUCUGACCUGGAAAAUACCAGGCACAUACCUUAACCCCAACCUUAACCCUUAACCACUAAUCCCUAAACCUAAUCCCUAAAAUUGACCCUAAAUGUAACCCUAACACUCUGGAGAUGUCUCUGAACAACGAAAUACCAGGCACAUACCCUAACCAUAACACUAAGCCUAAGCCCAGAAGAAGUCUGGGGUUAUAUUCUCUGGUGAGUUCUUGAACAGCAAAAUUCCAGGCACAUACCCUAACCCUAACCCUAACCCUUGAUCUGGCUUACUGAACACAUGAUAAGAAAAGUUGAGAAGCAGCCUAGUUUUCCUAGAGAUGACCCCAAACAUUUAAGAAUUGGUAGUAUUGGGGCACUUAGGUGGCUCAGUUGGUUAAGCAUCUGACUCUUGAUUUUGGCUCAGGUCAUGGUCUCAGGGUUGUGAGAUUGAGCCCUGUGUUGGGCUCCACACUGGGCAUGAAGCCUGCUUAAGAUUCUCUCUGUCCCUCUCCCCUCCCUUCCUCCCUCAUUCUCUCUUUCUCUGUCUCUCUAAAAAAAAGAAGAACUGGUAGUAUUUCUGAAAAUGGGUGUGAAAGUAGAGAUAAAAACAGAAAAAUCAAUUAAAUAUCUAUUUAAAGAGUAUUUAGAGUCCCAAUUGAAUUCGAGUUGGAAGAGGCGAGUCUGGUCUCAAAAUGGAGGGCCAUGAUGCAAAGGAACCAGAGCAGUUGAGAAAACUGUUUAUUGGUGGUUUGAGCUUUGAAACUACAGAUGAUAGUUUAAGAGAACAUUUUGAAAAAUGGGGUACACUUACAGAUUGUGUAGUGAUGAGAGACCCCCAAACAAAACGUUCCAGGGGUUUUGGUUUUGUAACUUAUUCUUGUGUUGAAGAGGUGGAUGCAGCAAUGUGUGCCCAACCACACAAGGUUGAUGGGUGUGUAGUGGAACCAAAGAGAGCUGUUUGUAGAGAGGAUUCUGUAAAGCCUGGUGCCCAUCUAACGGUGAAGAAAAUUUUUGUUGGUGGUAUUAAAGAAGAUACAGAAGAAUGUAAUUUGAGAGACUACUUUGAAAAGUAUGGCAAGAUUGAAACCAUAGAAGUUAUGGAAGACAGGCAGAGUGGAAAAAAGAGACAAUUUGCUUUUGUAACUUUUGAUGAUCAUGAUACAUUUGAUAAACUUGUUGUUCAGAAAUACCACACUAUUAAUGGGCAUAAUUGUGAAGUGAAAAAGACCCUUUCUAAACAAGAAAUGCAGUCCGCUGGAUCACAAAGAGGUCGUGGAGGUGGAUCUGGCAACUUCAUGGGUCGCGGAGGAAACUUUGGAGGUGGUGGUAACUUUGGCCAUGGUGGAAACUUCAGUGGAAGAGGAGGCUAUGGUGGUGGAAGUGGUGGCAGCAGAGGUAGUUAUGGAGGAGGUGAUGGUGGAUAUAAUGGAUUUGGAGGUGAUGGUGGCAACUCUGGUGGUGGUCCUGGUUAUAGUAGUAGAGGAGGCUAUGGUGGUGGUGGACCAGGAUAUGGAAACCAAGGAGGCGGAUAUGGAGGUGGUGGUGGAGGAUAUGAUGGUUACAAUGAAGGAGGAAAUUUUGGGGGUGGUAACUAUGGUGGUGGUGGGAACUAUAAUGAUUUUGGAAAUUAUAGUGGACAACAGCAAUCAAAUUAUGGACCCAUGAAGGGGGGCAGUUUUGGUGGAAGGAGCUCAGGCAGUCCCUAUGGUGGUGGCUAUGGAUCUGGUGGUGGAAGUGGUGGAUAUGGUAGCAGAAGGUUCUAAAAAAAAAAUCAGAAGGAAAGGGCUACAGUUCUUAGCAGGAGAGAGAGCAAGGAGUUGUCAGGAAAGCUGCAGGUUACUUUGAGACAGUUGUCCCAAAUGCAUUAGAGGAACUGUAAAAAUCUGCCACAGAAGGAACGAUGAUCCAUAGUCAGAAAAUUUACUGCAGCUUAAACAGGAAACCCGUCUUGUUCAGGACCAUCAUAGCCACAGUUUGCAAAAAGUGCAGCUAUUGAUUAAUGCAAUGUAGUGUCAAUUAGAUGUACAUUCCUGAGGUCUUUUAUCUGUUGUAGCUUUGUCUUUUUCUUUUUCUUUUCAUUACUUCAGGUAUAUUGCCCUGUAAAUUGUGGUAGUGGUACCAGAAAUAAAAAAUUAAGGAAUUUUUAACUUUUCAAUAUUUGUGUAGUUCAGUUUUUCUACAUUUUAGUACAGAAACUUUAACAAAAUGCAGUUUUGAAGGUGUUUCCUUGUGAGUUAACAAGUAAAGAAGAUCAUUGUUAAUUACUAUUUUGUAUGAAUUUUGCUAAAGUUAACUGUAAAGAAACACCUGCUGACUUGCAGUUUAAGGGGAAUCUAUUCUCCGCAUUUCCAAACCAUGAAAUGAAUGGGCUCUGACAUGUGGAGAGAAUAGAUAUUUGUAUGUUUGCAAUGUGUGUUUUAGAUAAAUAGAAUUGGGUAUUUAAAUUAGCAUAUUUGUGAAUUUAAUAGCAUUAAGAUUUACCUUCAAAUGAAAAAAUCUCAAAAUUCAAAAAAAAAAAAAAAGAGUAUUUAGAGUCCCAAAUACCCUCCUUGCUUCAGCUUGAUAGAUGGUUGCCAUGUUUAUUCUCAUCCCAGCAGAAGUAUGGGGUUUUAUUCUUAGGAAAGGUCUCUGAAUGGCAGGAUACCUGGCACAUACCCUAACCUUAAUCCAUAACCCAUAACACCUAACUGUAAUCCCUAACCCUAAAACUAACCCUAACCUUCUGAAGAGGUCUCUGAAUGGCAAAAUACCAGGGACAUACCCAAGCCCUAACCUAACCCCUAAUUCCUAACCCCUAACCUUAACCCUAACUCCAGCAGAAGUCUGGGAUUUUAUUCUCUGGAGGGGUUUCUGAACGGCAAAAUACAAGGCACAUACCCUAACCAUAAGAACAACAACAACAACAAAAACAUUUUAUCUAUGUGGAAAAGAAAAAAGAGAUUAUACCUUUCUCUGAAUUUUCAGACCUUUUUCAAACUCUCUUAGAACUAUCAUAAAGACUAUCAUAAAAACUGAUUAAUUUUUUAAAAUUCAACAAAACUAUUAGAUGGGAGAAAACAGUGUUUAAGAGUUUGGGUUUUGGAGUAGACAGUCCUGGACCUGCUACAUGAGAAGAGUAAAUAGAUCAUUAGCUCUUGUCUAGCUGAGUGUACUUGAACAAGUCAGCUUCUCUGAGCCUCAAUUUCCUCACCUGUGAAACAAGAGGGUUAACAGAACCUACCUCAUGGGAUCAUCUUCACUGUGAGGAUUAAAUAAAACAACUACAUAAAACACUAUAGUUGUUAACAUAGUAAACGCUCAAUAAAUGUCAGAUAUUGUGACUAUUAUUAUUUUUCAUAUUUAGAAACUUAGAUCACAAACAUAAAGAGAAAAAGUUGUUUUUGUGAAUGACCACAUCCUGUCCUUGCCAGCUAUAUAUACUUAAGAGGUGGUAAUUCUUCAGUCAGGCUAGGGAAUUUACAUCCUAAAAUUUUCUGUGAUGGCACUUUAAAUCAGUAUAUUAUAAACAGGGAAAAAAAACCUCAGUUUUCCUGUAAAACUUGACUGCAUUUCCCCCACAUCUCAGUGUUUUGCCUUUCCUUUUGCCAAGGGCGAUCCACCCUUCCUGCUGUAUCUAUAAUCAGACUCCAUUCUUCUUCCUGUCUCCCACCCAUAAUCAUGUUUCUACUUACUAGCCCCAGUUCUGAUUGGAUCGUUAGUUUGACUUCCGUUACAAAAGAAACACAACUGCCAAGGUUGGGAGCCUCUUCCCACAGCUUUUCACUCCCUGACAUCACAAAAGAACAACAGUAACCAUCAUUUCCUCUGUUGUGCCCAUUGCCAGGGAAAGGAAAAUUUGCCCCCAAAAUUAGGAUUAUGCCCAGGGCUUCUGGGACUUUAAUAUUGUUAGAAAUGACAGAUCAGAGCAGCUGUAAGGUGAAAAGUACCCUUUACUUUCUUCUACAGACUGAGGCAAAAGCAUAAAUAAAUAAAUAAACAAACAAAUAAAUCCAUCCAACAGAUGAGAUAUGCUGAUGGCUUGCACUUGGGUAGCUAGCAACUAACAGUUUUGGACAGAUAGUAAGCAUCAAAUAAAUAUUGAAUGAAUGAAUGAUGUAAAAGCCAUGGCAAAUGAAAGAACGAAACUUAUUUGGAGAUAUUUAUAAGUAAAACUGACAAGAAUUAGUGUUGAAUUCAAUUUGGGAGCAAAGCAGAAGGAUUAUCCUCAAGUUUCUAAUUUGGGCAACUCAUUAGAUAGUGUCUUGUCUGCUCAGGCUGCCAUAACAAAAUACCAGAGACUUGGUGGCUUAAACAACAGAUAUUUAUCUUCUCAAAGUUCUACAGGUUGGAUGUUCAAGAUCAAGGUGCCAGCAUGGUCAGGUUCUGGUAAGACCUCUCUUCCUAGCUUAUAGAUCAUUGCUUUCUCAGUGUCCUUGCAUGGUGGGCAGAGAGAAGAGGAGGAGAGGAGAGAGAAAGCUUCCUGGUCUCUUCUUUUAAGGGCCUUAAUCCCAUCAUUAGGUCCCCAUCCUCAUGACCUCAUAUAAACCUAAUUACUUCCCAAAGGCCUUGCCUCCAAAUACUAUCACAUUGAAGGGUUUCAAAAUAUGAUUCUGGGAGAAUACAAUUCAGUCCAUAGCAGAUAGUAGUGUCAUUCACAGGAUUAGGAGCCCUACAGAAAGAGUAGGUUGGUGAGUGGAGUAAAGAAAAAUGAAGGAAUCCAGUUUGGGGCAUGUUGAGAUUGAAGUGUCUAAAGCCUGGAUUUCCCACAAGACACUGCAUCAACCAUAGCCCUCUCAAGAAGUGGCUACCUUUUCUUCCUCAUUCUUCUCACCAUUGAGCCUGGAAACAAGGUAUGUAUCCUUUAGGUAUCCUUGCUCCUCAUUCUUGUGUCCAGACCAUUCUACUUCCCCCAUACAAAGAAAUAUC